AUGACCAACGUCCUCUCUUCAAAGGUAGGCAUGGAGGCAGGCCAAGGCAUGGCUCAAGAGGGGAAAUGGGAGACCUUUGAGGAGGAUGGAGAGGCCUCGUUGCUCUCUGAUUUCCCCACUGCCACCGAUAAGUCUAACGACGUGGAGGGCAAGAUGGACGGAGCGGCGGACGACUUCGAGUUCCGGGUCUCGGCAGGAGGAGGCCUUCUUGAAGGUGAUGGGGCCGCGGUGGCGGCCAUGUGCUCUGCUGACGAAGUGUUCUUCAAAGGCCACAUCCUGCCGCUUCGGCCCUCCGUCGACAACGGCGGCUCCACCGGCAGUCGCGGGCCGAGCCGGUGCGGCUCACGGUCGGACUCGAUGGACCGGUGCUCGACGGCCAUCGCGAGCCUCGGCUUCGAUACGAGCCGGAGCAACAGCAGCAACAGCAGCAGCAGGAGCAGCAACUGCGUUAGCAGGAGCCAUUCGUCCAACAGUACUCACUCCAGUAACGCUUUUGAUCUUCCCCGCUCAUCGCUCUCCAACAACUUCUACACGCAUCCCAGCCCGAAGCCGCAGCUCCACCACGCGAGGAAGGCGAGCGCCAGCCGGAGGAGCACGACCUCGGCCCCGCCAGGGUGGGGGAUCUUCUGGCUGGGCCUCAUCAGGCCGCCUCAUAUCGAAUUGUACGACUUAAGGUCACGGAGAUCCAGUAACGGCACUGGUGGACGGAAGAGCGACGCCGAUGCCGUGCAUGAAAAGAAGUCUGUGAGGUCUAAUGAAGAUGGCAGUGCCAGUGCCAGAAGCAGUUCUUCCUCGAAGAGACUUGACGUAUGUGACGGUGAAGAUAAAGUAGAGAAGAAGGCGACGCGGCUCGUCGGACGUGGUUUCAGUUGCAAGUGCACGCUGGAUGCGGUGGAACCGAGAUCGAUGGCUGAGAAGAAGAAGCAGGAUGGGGCGAGUUUGAGAAGGGCGGACAGCAUGUGCAGGAGUAGGAUAUUUGAAUGGUUGGAGGAGCUGUCCAUUGCAAAGGCAACAGGGAGCCGAGACAGUGGUGGUGGUGUUCACUGAAUUGUCCAUCAUUUGGUAUUCUGUUUCUUUUCAAUUUAUGUUCAUCUCUUCUUCUUCUUCUUUUUCUUCUUCUUCUUUCUGUCUUUCUGUCUUUCUUUUAUGUUAUUGUCUUGGGGAGUUGCAAUGUAAUGAGUGAGUAUGCUCAACUUUGAAUAGCCUUUAUUGUUCUCUUGUAACUCUGACAUGUUCCUUGUGGGAAGAUGGUGUGGUGGGGGGUUGGAGUUCAUGAUAAGAGCAUGACACAUUUUAAGAGGGUCUGGUGGUGAUGG